UCAUUGCAGCGGGCGAGACCUCUCUCCCCCUUCCGCAGCAGCAGGAAGAGCGAGGGAGGGACCCACAAAGAAGAACAGGGACACACUCCAAAGUCCAAAAUCUCAUCACUCUCUCUCUCUCUCUCUCUCUCUACUUCUGCCAUUUUUGUAUAUAAAUCAACGCUCAAAUUCAAGCAAAGUUGCUGAGAGCUCAAAAUUCUCUUCCCCGGCGAGACGAAGGAGAACUGCCCUGUUGGGGCGCCGUUUCCGUCCUCCUCUCCGUCCGGUCGCAUUUCAACAGAAGGGGCAGCUCUCCAAGAAACAACAGACAAUGUCGGCGUACAAGGACGAGGAUCCUCGUGUCACCCGCAUCAAAAGGAGCAUCCGGGUCGUCCCCGAUUUCCCAAAACCAGGUAUAAUGUUUCAAGACAUCACAACGCUGUUGCUGGAUCCACAGGCCUUCAAAGACACGGUAGAUAUGUUCGUGGAGAGGUACAAGGACAAGAACAUCUCGGUUGUUGCAGCACGUGCAGGCGAGGAUCGAAACCCAACCUUGGAGUUUCCAAUAACAGAAUCUCUGGCAGGGAUAGAGGCUCGAGGCUUCAUAUUCGGUCCUCCCAUUGCUCUUGCAACUGGGGCAAAGUUUGUCCCUUUGAGAAAGCCAAAGAAACUACCUGGUGAAGUUAUCUCGGAAGAGUACAUUCUCGAGUACGGACGGGAUUGUCUUCAGAUGCAUGUUGGAGCUGUUAAAGCUGGAGAAAGGGCUUUGGUGGUGGAUGAUUUGAUUGCCACUGGUGGCACUUUGUGCGCUGCUAUGAAUUUACUUGAGCGUGUCGGAGCUCACGUAGUUGAGUGUGCUUGUGUUAUCGAACUACCGGACCUGAAGGGUCGUGAGAGAUUGAACGGGAAGCCGCUUUACGUGCUUGUGGAAUCCCACUGAAUCCUCGAGAUGACUGUCUUGAAAAAUUCGCGAUAUGCAUUGAAGAUAUUCUACUUAUUAACCAAAUCCGCUCUUUUUCUCCUUUCGCAAGCGAUGGAAAGGCCUUGAUUGGUGGUUGGGAGACUCGGUAUAGUGCAAUGGAAAGGGGAGAUGCUGGCUCGAGAUUCAUUUUUCUUCUUCCAUUUGAUUGGAAUAUUGAAAAAAAAAAUUGUAAAAUUGCCCGGGAAUCCAUUUAAGGUUUGGACCUUUGCUCUUAGCCGUGUACGACAAAACACUCGAUCCACUGGACAAUCGAUCUCACUCGAUCAGUGUUAUCUCGAAGUUGUCAUCAUAUGAUAUCAUACAAUUUGACUCCCUUAAAUAUU